UUUCCUCCACUGACUAUAACAUUUCAACGAUGCCAAUUUUAAAGACACAUAAAUUUCAGUCAGUCCCAAGUCUGAAGCGCAAUAUAUUAAAAAAAAAAAUCCCCAAAAGCAGAAAAUUGUAUUAGCAUGCUUAAUAAUCGCCAAAUGCUGCAGCUUCUGCACCCCAAAAGAAGAAAAAGAAAAGUUAGCAACUUUUGAUCAGGGUUUGGGGUUCAGGGUUUAAGGCUCGUCUAUUCAGUCCAACAUCAGGUCAAAUUACCAGAAGCAACAAUCUAGGAAAGAGAAAGAAAGGAGGAGUAUUGUACCAGCAAUCAAAGAAUCAAGAGGUGAAUUCGCUGAAGAAGGGUUCUUUUCGUCCUCUGGGGCUGCUGCUUGGCCUUGUACCCGUCCCAUGUCUCAUCGAGAUUGGAUGCUACGGAGAUGAAGAAAGAGGAAAAGACAACAGCAGCAGCCAAAAAAUUGGGAUGGACGAGAAUUUUGAAGUCGGAGUUGGGGCUGGGUGCUAUCUGCAACCCAUGUAAAGUUGUGGAGUGAUUUGCAAUUAAUCUGUUAAAUGUUAACAUUGUGCCAACUGCCAACAGAAUUGGAAUGGACAUCAAAGUCCAGUGUAGGCCGACGACGGACGGAGCUCUCUAUGCCCACCCACUUCUGCAACAAAACCACCGAACUUUACAUUUAAUUUCUCAUUCUUUUCACUCCUUCCGCAUCGUCAUUUUCACCACUCCCAACCCCAGUUCCCCUUUUCUUCUCCUUCUCCGUUCCCCCAUUCCUCUUCUCAAUCAGAAGAAGAAGAAAGGAGAAAACAACAACAUUUCUUGCACCUAAUUUUCCCAUUUUCAAUUUACCAAGAAAUGAUGAUUCCUGCUCAAUAUCUCACAAAAUCCCCCACCAAUCCUUCUCCUCCUCCUCCUCCUCCUUUGUUAUACCCUUCUCGUCAUCAUUCUAACACUAGAGUUUCCGUCAUCAAAUGUGAAUCUCAAUCCCCACUGGAACUAAAACCCGACAAUUCCCUCAAUAAGACGAAUUUCAAGGCCACGACCACAGGUGCGGGUGCUGGUGCUGUGGGCCCUCCUCCGCCGUACCCGGGCGGAGUGGGGCCUUAUACGGGGAGGGAUCCGAACGUCAAGAAACCAGAGUGGCUGCGGCAGAAAGCUCCGCAGGGGAAGAAGUACGAUGAGGUGAAAGAUUCCUUGUCCAGGUUGAAUCUCCACACUGUCUGCGAGGCCCUAAUAUCGGGGAGUGCCGGCGGAGACGGCGUCGCCGCUACCAUUAUGCUGUUGGGGGAUACCUGUACCCGGGGCUGUAGAUUCUGCGCUGUCAAGACGAGUAGGAAUCCCCCGCCUCCCGAUCCUAUGGAGCCUUACAACACUGCCAAGGCUAUUGCUAGCUGGGGAGUGGAUUAUAUUGUUCUAACCAGCGUUGAUCGUGACGAUCUACCUGAUGGGGGGAGUGGCCAUUUUGCUGAGACGGUAAAAGCAAUGAAGAUGCUCAAGCCUGAUAUUAUGGUCGAGUGUUUAACUUCCGAUUUUCGGGGUGACCUAGAUGCUGUAUCUGCUCUAGCUCGCUCAGGCUUAGAUGUUUUUGCCCACAACAUUGAGACUGUCAGAAGACUUCAACGUAUUGUUAGAGAUCCCAGGGCUGGAUAUGAACAAAGCUUGUCUGUUUUGAAACAUGCAAAGCUAGCCAAGGAAGGGAUGAUAACUAAAUCUUCAAUUAUGUUGGGACUGGGUGAAACUGAUGAGGAAUUGAAGGAAGCCAUGGCAGACUUGCGUGCUAUAGAUGUCGAUAUUCUGACACUUGGACAGUAUUUACAACCAACUCCGUUACAUCUUACUGUCAAAGAGUACGUCACCCCGGAAAAGUUUACCUUCUGGAAAGAAUAUGGAGAGUCUAUUGGUUUCCAAUAUGUAGCUAGUGGACCCCUGGUUCGAUCAUCAUAUCGAGCUGGGGAGCUGUUUGUGAAGACUAUGGUGAGAGACAGGGCAAGAAGCACAUCUUCCGCAUCUAGUACAUAGUUUUCAUUUGCUUUAGUAGCAGUAGUCUUGGCAAAUGGUGGACUUGAAACACGUUAUUUACUUGAUUAGAACUGCUUCUUUGUCUGCAAAUGGGCUAUGACAAAGUGCGCUUUCUGAGAAGUUGGUCAACUUUUGGUGGUUGCAUAUUCAAUUUUGACAGGGUGGACAAAUAUAUAGGUGGAAGUACUUGUAUUUUCCAUUCUUCAUCUAGCAGGUCAUUUGUUUAUUUUUAUUUCUGCUUUGCUUCCGUAUAUAUGUUACUCAAAGUACAUUGGAUUUUGACAAUCAUCUAAGCAGCAGAAGAGAUGGCUGGCACCUUGUACAUUCUUGAGAUUGGGCAAUAGAUGAAAAUUGGACACCUUUGGAACGUCAUGAGGUGAUGGUUAUGGUUCAACACUCUUUAAGAUGAGCAGAGCAGAAACUGAAUCUGAAAGCUCGUCCUUGUUUUCUUGAGGGCUUCAAAAUCUAUUGCCUGAACUGAUGCUUAGAGCUGAUCUAAACUUAUCCUAUCUGCUAUUAAUAUCCACAUACAAUUCAUUUCAACUAUUAGUAUAAAUUUACUACAUGUACCAACAGCACCUUGUACAUUGACAAGUAAUUAUUUUGUUC